AUGGGAGCCAUUGUAUCGCUUCCGGUAAGUUUGGGGAGCUCAUUCGUUGCAUCUGGGUUAGGAGCAUGUUGUUCUAAUUUAUGUUCGAAGACUGUGUCUUCUUUGGGUUCGUCAUCCCUCGGAACAAGGCUUCUGUACGCUAUGUGGUUGUUAAUCAAUUCCCUUGUCUCAUGGAUAUCUAUGUCAUCCAACAAAUCGAUUCUGUGGCCCGGGAAGACUUGUGCUGCUACUGGAGAAUGUGGAUAUUUCACUGUUCAUAGGCUAAAUUUCGCUCUGGGACUGAUGCAUUUAAUACUGGCAAUGACAUUGGUUGGGGUCAAAUCUACCAAAGAUAUUCGAGCUAGUCUUCAGAACUCUUGGUGGAGCUUGAAAUUUCUAGUUUAUGUUGCUCUGAUUGUCCUUUCUUUCGUCAUACCCAAUGAUUUCUUUGUAUUCUUCUCCAAAUGGGUGUCUCUUCCUGCCGGAGCUAUAUUUAUAAUAGUGGGUUUAAUACUACUGGUGGAUUUUGCUCAUGAAUGGGCAGAGACUUGCAUGUAUCAUAUUGAAAGUGAUGAUGAGAGUUCAACUUUUUGGAAACGGUUUCUUGUCCUGGGGACAAGUGCAAUGUACACUGCUGCAUUUGUGAUGACAAUAGUGAUGUUCAUCAUAUUUUGCAGAGGCAAUUGUGCUAUGAAUCAAACAGCGGUAACCAUCAAUGUGAUUUUAAUCGUAUUAGUUACGGCGAUUUCGAUACAUCCAAAGAUUCAAGAAGCUAAUCCCAAGUGCGGGCUUGCCCAAAGCAGUAUGGUUUCAGCUUAUUGUACGUACCUGAUAAUGAGUGCUAUGGCUUCCGAACCCGAUGACAAGAGAUGCAAUCCGCUGAUAAGAUCUAGUGGGACGCGUAAUGCCAGUGUUAUUCUGGGUUCCUUGUUCACUUUUGUCGCAAUUGCUUACACAACCACAAGGGCUGCUGCCAAUAGUGCUUUCCAAGGGAGCAACACGAAUGGUUCGAUCUACCUAGGUGAUGAUGAAGAGUACGAAGGGCUCGGUACGCAAUCGAGAAAUCAACUACGUUAUGAUGCCGUGAGACAGGCCGUUGAAGAGGGUUCGCUGCCUGAAAGCGUGCUACAUGACUCUACUUGGUUGGGGUCACCUAGCCCGAAUGGCGAGAGUGCUGUAGAUGACGACGAACUAUCUGGGACCAAGUACAACUAUUCUUUGUUCCAUGCGAUCUUCUUUAUUGCUACGCAAUGGAUUGCAAUUCUUCUCACGAUUAAUGUAACACAGGAUGAUGUUGGCGAUUUUAUACCGGUGGGCAGAACUUACUUCUAUUCCGCAGUCAAGAUUGGAAGUGCUUGGUUAUGUUAUGCUUUAUACGGAUGGACAAUUUUAGCACCACUUCUCAUGCCAGACCGGUUUGAGUAUGAUGCCUAUUACUAA